GCUCAGCGCAGACAGCAAGCCGACCUCGACAAGCAUGAGCAGCGAUGCCGAGCAGCAGCAGGCCAACGGCGACGCUCCUCUCGACCACCAGGACCAAGACCCCAUGAGCGCCACCGUCGACGUGACGCUCCUCGUCCCGGCCCAGUCGCUCCUGUCGUCGUCGCCCGCGCCCUCGUCCGCCAAGUCGACCACCGACAGCGCCUUCCUCGAGCUGCCCCUCCCGAUCGCCCUCUCCGACGUCGUCCACGACCUCAAGAACAUUAUUACCGACGCACCCGAGGGCUUUUGGCUCGGCGCCUUUUCGCUCGCCCCGGUCUACGCCGACGAGCUCGCGCCUGUCGACGGCGACGACUCGGCACCGUCGCACGGCGAGUGGACCGCCCUCUCGCCGCCGGCGCCGCAGACGCCCGUUCUCGGAGCGCAGCCCGACCCGAAGCAGUGGGCCCUCACCAAGGACGGCGUCCUCGGCGACUACGCCGACCUGACGGGCGUCUUUGGCGGCGAGCCCGAGUUCUGGGAGGGCAAGCGUCGCGGCCUCAAGGUCAUCUUCACGCCGUUCGCCGCCGCGACCAUGCACACGCACCUUCUCAAGGUCCGCGACACGCUCUUCUCGAGCCUCCCUCCUUUCGCGUCGACCUCGUCCGCCUACGACCCGACCGCCUUCGCCAUCUCGUCGGGAUCGACCCUGUAUGCGUCGGUGUGCGGCGAGACGGACAAGCCCGAGGAGGAGGAGCAGCAGGUCGCGCACUCGGACAAGGUCGUCGAGGACAAGGGCGCCGAGUCGACCAAGGGCAAGAAGGGCAAGAGCGGCAAGAAGGCGGCGGCUCCUGCGCCCGAGCAGGACGAGGCGCCGACACCGGCACCUGCCCGCGACGAGCCGCACGCCUUUACCGGCUGGUCGGCCGACGACUUGAGCGCCGACGCGUACCUCAAGCACCUCGCGUCCCGUUCGGCCUCGCCAGCCCUCGCCUCGCCCUGCCUCAAGGCCCUCGGCGUCUCGCCCUGGAGCCCGCCGCCGCACCCUCGCCGCCUUCGAGGCGACCUCGUCUACCUCACCGUCUCGACCCUCGAGUCGGAGCAGUACACGAUCACGGGCGCCGCGAGCGGGUUCUGGAUCUCCAAGUCGACCAACUCGAACUGCGACCCGUCGCCGCGCGCCGUCCUGCCCAAGGGCGUGCACACCGGCCCGUACCAGUCGCUGUUCGAGCUCCUCGCCGACAUCUCGCCCUCGUUCCGCCGAGGCCUGUCCACCCUCGUCGCCAAGGCGUCGCGCGGCGACCUGAGCCAGUCGGACCUCGUCGCCUCGCUCGCCGUCACCCACACGAUCCCGGCCGCGCCCUGGCUCGUGCGUGCCCCUCAACACGUCGCCGACCCGUUCCGCACCCAGGCGGCGUACCUCCUCACGUCGGCGACGACGGCCGACCAGCUCCCGACCGCGCGCGACUGGAACGACGAGUUUGGCCAGUUCCUCGACCUCCCUCGCGACGACAUGAACCAGCGCCUCCUCCGCGAGCGCUUCCUCACGCGCACCCAGGCCGACUUUGUCGCGGCCGCCACUCGCGGCGCCGUCUCGAUCGCGCGCGGCGACAUCCCGCCCAUCAACCCGAACGAGCCCGCCUCGGCCUACACCUACAUCCACAACAACCUCCUCUUCACCAAGGCCGAGGACGGCACGGGCAUCUACGCCCAGCUCGGCGGCGACGACGCGGCGCGGUACGUCGCGGGCAAGGACCUGCGCGGCGUCGAGAUCCUCGAGCGCCUCGACGUCGACGGCCUGAGCGUCAUGCAGACCGUGCUCGUCGACUACCUCGGCGAGCGGUGGAUCGCGCAGAGCCUCAUCCCGGGCUUGUUCAAGGCCGCUCGCGACGAGGCCGACGCCGCCGCGACCGCCGACAAGGGCGCCGACGCGCCGCCGAUCGUGCCCAACGCCGAGACGCCCAACAAGGACGACUACCCGCCGACGGCCGCGUUCCGCAUCGUGUACGGCGCCGCCGAGCCCGAGAAGCCCGACGAGCAGGUGCGCGCGAGCAAGUACUUCCACGAGCAGCUCGCGAGCAAGGUCGCGCGCCAGAUGCGCUUCGCCGAGCACGAUGUCAAGGACCAGGACGGCGCCGUCACCAAGCUGUGGACCGCGAGCGACAUGCACGGCAUCGCGGCGACCGACGGCCGCAGCUACUUCAUCGACUGCUUCCGCAUGCAGUGCGUCGACGUCGAGUUCCGCGAGCAGAACGCCAAGGGUGACGCGUCGGUCGACUACCCGCACCGCCUCGUCCUCCUCCGCCCCGAGCUCCUCGAGGCGUACCGCGAGGUCAAGUUGCACAAGUGGCUCGAGGGCAAGGUGACCGAGGCGCGCGCCAAGGUCGAGAAGGAGCAGAAGGACAAGGAGCAGUCGGUCGAGGCAGAGCUCAAGGAGGCCGCGACCGACGGCGCCGCCGACGCCGACAAGUCGGCCCUCGUCCCGUCCGAGCCGCCGACCAAGUCGGUCAUCAACGCCGACGACUUUGUCCUCAACUUCAACCCGGACGCGUUCGUCGAGCGCAAGCCGACCGAGUCGGGCGACGAGCUCGUCAUCUACGACCCGGACGCCGAGUCGACAAACAACGUCCGCCUCGCGAGCCAGUACCUGCGCGAGGUCGUCCUCGGCGAGUUCAUCUCCGAGGCCGUCGCGAGCACGUUCCUCGUGACCGACGGCCCGCAGGUCUCGACCGUGCUGCACCGCAAGGGCAUCAACAUGCGGUACCUCGGCCUGCUCGUGCGCAAGAUCGAGGCCGACGGCGACAAGAACGUCGACUACGCCAAGGCCAAGGUCAGCAAGGACGAGGCGGCCCACACGCUCGCCCUCUUCAAGAGCACGCUCCAGCACGAGAUGGUCGUCCGCGCCGCCAAGCACCUCGUCAACGACCUCCUGCGCGCCAACGCCGAGUACGACCACGCGUCCAUCGUCGCCCACUUCUACAACUGCCUCCUCGGCGCGUCGCUCAACAGCUCGCCCGUCGCCGACGUCUCGUCCCUCCCUGGCGGCGAGCGCUCGUGGGCCACGGCCACGCCGGCAAGCGUCCGGGCCGACCUCGUCAAGCAGGUCGCCGCGCGCUUCCGGUACGAGCUCCCGGCGUCGUGGUUCGACGAGUCGAUGCUCAAGAGCAAGGUCGCGCGCGAGCUCUCGGUCCGCAUCGGCGCGCAGCUCGUCGCUCGCCGGUACGACUUUGGCUCGGGCGCCGCCGACCUCUCGUCCGCCGCCGCCGCCGUCGAGACGUCGUCGUCCGAGGCCACCACCACCGCGUCGACCUCUGCCAAGAAGUCGAAGAAGAGCAAGAAGGCCAAGGCGGCCGUCGAGGAGCAGCCCAAGGUCCAGGGCCCGCCGACGACUUUCCGCCCCGACGACGUCCUCAACCUCGGCCCGAUCGUCAAGUCGACCGCGCACCGCAGCGCGCUCGUCGAGGACGCGUUCGCCCAGGGCACGCGCGCCAUCAUGGAGGGCCAGCUCGACCUCGGCGAGGCGCUCGUCAACGACGCGCUCCACCUGUCGGAGCAGAUCUACGGCGCCGUGCACCCGGACGCGGCGCAGAAGUACCACCAGCUCGGCAUCGUGUGGCACAGCCUCGCGCAGCGCAUCGCGAGCACGCUCCGCACGCACGACAUGGCCGAGCAGGCGCUCAAGGAGCUCCCCGUCGAGGGCCGCGAGCAGCACGAGAAGAGCCUGCAGGAGCUUCUCCUCCCGAACGCCGACGCGGCGCGCCAGGAGGUCGACAGCUACCUUCAGCUCGCCGUCCGCAUGGUCCGCCAGUCGAUCGUCGUCGCCGAGCGCACCAACGGCAUCGACUCGCACGACGCCAUCACGCAGUACACCGACCUCGGCCUUCUCGAGCAGGCGGCGGGCAACCACAACGUCGCCCUCAAGCUCACCAAGCACGCCAUCGACCUCGUCGUCGCCGCGUACGGGCCGUCGCACCCGCAGCUCGUCAACCUCCUCAGCAACGCCGCCGCCAUGGUCCAGGCCCGCUCGGGCAUCGAGGCCGCCAUCCCGCUCCAGCAGCAGUGCGUCGAGCUCGCCAAGCGCAUCUACGGCGAGGACUCGGUCGUCGCCGGCCACAACGAGUUCACGCUCGGGCAGGGCUACGCCGUCGCGUCCGACCUCGAGUUGGCCCAGAAGCACCUCGCCAUCGCCCAGACCGUCCUCCAGAAGCACCUCGGCGACGACGCUCGCGAGGUCCUCGAGGCCAAGCAGUUCGUCCAGAUCAUCGAGGCGACUCGCGCUCGCGACGCGCAGGAGCAGGCCGCUCGCGAGGAGCGCCUCAAGCAGCGCUUCGCGACGGCGCCGCCGACCUCUCGCCCUGUCGGCGCUCGCGCCGCCGUCAACGGCUCGCGCCUGUCGUCGGUCCAGCUCGGCAAGCAGCCCGCUGUCAACGGCGGCGCCGAGGCUGCGCCCAAGCGCACGCACGGCGAGAAGGCCGACCUGAGCGUCGAUGCGCUCGUCGACUACAUCCAGGGCUCGUCGUCGUCGUCGUCGUCGUCCAAGCAGCAGCGCAAGCGCAAGCCGUCGCCUUAGCGCCGCUCCUUCCCUCGCUUCCCUCCCCUCCUCUCCCACCUUUCGUCAUUCGUAUCUCUCUCACCUGUACCACCAGCACCCUCGACACGACCUUCCUGUCGCCCUUGCACCCCUCAUUUUCUCCCUUGUCCCGGACCCGCUCGCUCGCAUCGCCUCGCAGGUCUCCCUCUCUCUAUCCCUCCUCCCCACUCCUCGCCUCUCUCUGUUCCUCCUCCCCCCUCUGAGUACCACCAUCCGCAAAAGCAGCGACCGAGAACUGCAACACGAUCGUACCACGUCCCUCGCG